CCUCCUCCUCCUCCCAUGGCGCUCUCCACCUCCCCCUCCUCCUCCUCCUCCUCCCCAACCACCACCCACCUCCCCCAAAGACUCGACCUUCACUCCACCCACUCACUCGUCGCCUUCGUCGACCGCCACAUCCGCCGCCUCCUCUCCGACCCCGCAGCCCGCGCCGCCCUCCACCUCGCCUGCCGCGCCAGCCUCUCCGGCCCCACCCGCGGCUUCUUCGAGUUCUCCGACCAGUCCGUGCUCUCCAACCUCUACUGGGGGGUCGAAUCCCUCGAGCUCGCGAUCACCUCCGGUUCGCCCGAGGAGAGGGCCUCUCGGCUCGCCGGCUCCGAGAAGAUGCUGCAAGUUCCCGCCUUGUUGGAUGAAGAGGGGAGAAUCGGGGGAAUUGAGAACAGAUACAUUGUUUGCUACUCCUAUUUCUACCUCGCCCUGGUUCGGAAGCUUCGGGGGGAUCAGUGGCAGAUGACCAUGAAUUUCUUGCAGUCGGUGAUAGUGUUCCCCAAGUUGGUUAGAACGGUGCUCGCGACGUGCUUGUGGAAAAGCCUCUUUGAGGAUAAAACUACGAGUGCGGGGGGGACUGAGGAGGAAGCGGACGAGGCAGCGAGGAAGCAGGGGAGGAGGUACAAGUACUGGUUGAUGUACUACCAGGUGGUUUCCUACGGCGAGAUUCCGCCGUGGAAUAAGAAAUUCUCGGCUUGUGAGGAUCGUGAGAUUGAGCCGUGCGCUCAUCGGUAUAGACAGAUUCCUGGGACGAGAUUUGAGAGCUCUCUCAUACUUAGCAGGCCGAAUCUUCAGCAUGAUACACAAGCCUGUUUAGUGGGUAAUGGAAUUACAGUAGAUAACGAUAAGGCCUCUACAUCCAAUUUCAAGAGAUGUGGUGGUUUUGCUGAACUAAAUGAUGGUCAUUCUCUUCUUAAGAGUUUCGACAAAGUAUUUCAAGAAGAGGUGAAGGAAAACUUCGAAAUGAGGUGUCUCCAAGAUAUGCUUGAAGAAUCCCAAUCAGAUUCACCAAUUUCCUUCUACUCAAAUGUUGAUUCAAUAGAGGCAAGUGAUUCAGAGGUACAUUUGAGUCAUAAAGAAAGUUCAGCAAAGAUUAUGCCAAUAGAUGCAGAUCUUUUAGCAUCGAAGCUUGGUGAAAGAGUCCGUGCAUCCUGGUGCACAUCUCCUGAGUGUACAAAAUUCUAUCAUGAAUCUCCAAAAUACCCAGUUCAUGAGGAAUCUUUCGAACCAAAUACAAGCUACCUACUGUCUAGUAGAUCACAAGGUUCACUCAGCAAUUUACAAAAUUCAAUCUUAGAUUUUAGAGAGGUAGAGCCAUAUUCCUUCAAAUAUGGUGUGAAAGAAGAGACUAAUCGAGAAAGUCCACUAAGGCAUAAUCUCAGAUGCUUUAGCAAAAUGUUUCUGAAGAAGUAUAGCUUAUCUGAACUAGUUUCUCGUGGAAGCUUCGCAAGAAAAAUUAUAAGCUUUUCAAGCAGCGAGAAGGAUUGGAGUGACGGAAGUUCGACUUGUGGGAAAGAUACUCAAAUAGAAAUUUCGGAAAGGUUUGAGAAAGCAUUAAAAUUUGCAGAUUCUGAAUUUGAAUUUACAAAUAUAUUGGAUUUGCUAGAAGGUAAAUCAGAGUUUAUGUACGGUACAAUAAAACGAGAUAUCCUCGAGCAGUUAAUGGAUAGCAUUUCAACCUCCAAGAAGGAGAAGGUGAUCAGGGCAUCCGUGUACAUACUUCUUCUACUAAUAUCAGAAGACAGAAGUAUUUUAGAAGACAUUAAGAGAAAGGAAUCAUUUCUAUAUGAUUUGGGUAAUGCCUUAAAGAGAAAUGUUCAUGAAGUCGCUCUUCUUAUUUAUUUGUUAAACCCUUCACCUCUGGAGAUGAAAACCUUAGAAAUCUUACCAGCUCUCGUGGAGGUUGCUUGCAAUUCAAAAGGCCUAAAGGGGCUUUCGUUAUUACCAAUAACACCGACAGCGGCUUCAAUCUCCAUGAUCGAAGUUUUAGUUACUUCGUUUGAUUAUGUAACGAACAAUAUUCACUUGGCAGCAAUUAGUUCUCUGCCAAUCCUCUCUAAGCUAGUAAAUGUGGCAAUGAAUAACAACUUGGAAGAAGGUGUGGCCUUGGCAGCUAUUCUUGUUAGGUGUAUGCGAUUAAAUGGAAACUGCAAAAAUUUUUUAUCACAAGUCACUCCUGUUGACCCAUUCCUUCAUCUCCUCAAAAGAAAGGAGAGGCGUGCGAAAUUCACCGCACUUGAAUACUUCUACGAGAUUCUUCAAAUGCCUCGGUCCUCAGCUAUUAAUCUUCUUCAACAGAUACGGCAACAAGGAGGUAUUAGCAUUAUGCAUACAUUAAUGGCCUGUAUUCGUCAAUCUGAUCUCGAGCACCGACUUUUGGCAGCAAAUCUUUUGAUCCAAUUAGAUAUUCUGGGGAAAUCUACUGGUAAGAGUGUAUUUAAAGAGGAGGCAGUGGAAGCCCUAUUAGAAUCAUUAGCCUCUGGUGAGAAUAGCAGUACGCGGGCACUAGCUGCAUUUAUUCUUUCAAAUCUUGGAGGAACUUAUUCGUGGACAGGAGAAACAUAUACAGCUGCUUGGUUAGUAAGAAAGGCCGGCUUAACAUCAAUUUGUCAUCGGAACAUGAUCAGAAACAUUGACUGGAUUGACCCUUGCCUGCAGGAUUCUGAAACAAGUACAUGGAGUGCGAGAGCUGCGCGGGGUAUUAUCAAAAUCGGGACUUCUGUCUUUACUGCUUUAGCUAAAGGAAUGCAAAGCAAAAUAAAGAAUGUUUCCCAUGACUGUCUUGUAUGUGCCUCAUGGCUAGGAAAUGAAAUGGCUACUGCGGGUCCCAACGACCUUAGAUAUUCUGCUUGUGAGAUCCUGCUAGGUGAUGUAUCCCGCUUUCUCCAUCCUGGUUCAGAUCUCGAUGAAAGGAUUCUGGCUUGCCUCUCUGUGUAUAAUUACACUUCUGGUAAAGGGAAGCAGAAAUUGAUGAAUUUUUCAGAGGGUUUACGGGAAUCUCUUAGACGCCUCUCUCCUGUUACAUGGAUGGCUGAAGAGUUACUAAAAGUGACGGAUUACUUCAUUCCAACCAAGCCGCGCGUCUCUUGUGUACAUACACAAAUUUUAGAAGUAGGCCAAGCUGGUAAUGGUGCUGCAACUGCUAUUACCUUUUUCAAAGGGCAACUCUAUGCUGGUUAUUCUGAUGGUACCAUUAAGGCCUGGGACAUCAAACGACAAAGAGCGGUGCUCGCAACAGAGGUUAAAGAACACAAGAAAGCUGUGACUUGCUUUGCUCUUUUUGAACCUGGGGACAAUCUCUUAAGUGGAUCUUGCGAUAAAUCUAUUCGGGUUUGGAAAACGGUACAAGGUAAGCUUGAAUGUGUUGAAGUGAUACAGAUGAAAGAACCAGUUCAAAAGUUGGACAGUUAUGGUGACAAAAUUAUUGUAAUAAUGCAGAACCGCAGUAUCAAAGUUUCCCAUGCAUCAAGAAGUGCGCAAACUAUCUGCAAGAAUAAACAUGUUAAAUGCGUAGCUAUAGCCCAGGGGAGAGCUUACCUUGGAUGCGCUGACUCCAGCAUACAGGAGAUAGAUAUAAUGGAGGACAAUAAGAUCGAGAUAAGGGCGCCAACAAAAAUCUGGAGGAUCAGAAAACAGCUCAUAAAUUCAAUCCAAAUUUAUAAAGACUGGAUGUACUUGGCUGGUGCUACUGUUGAAGGAUCUAGCAUAAAGGAUUGGAGAAGACGCCGCCAACCUCAAGUCUCGAUUGCAAUGUCGAGGGGAGUGGAUGUGCAGGCAAUGGCAAUAGUGGAGGACUUCAUUUACUUGAACUCGAGUAGAACUCCGAUGACACUUCAGAUUUGGUUGAGAGAGAAGCAGCAGAAGGUAGGCAGAUUAUCAGCAGGGAGCAAGAUUACAUGCCUUCUUGCAGCAAAUGACACUAUUUUCUGCGGUACUGAAACUGGGUCAAUUAAGGCAUGGAUUCCGCUGUAAGCGAAUUAUCAAGAAACAACGCGACGCUUAAUUUUUGUAAAUCCUUCUGAACUACAGGGCAAAGUAACAUAGAAUAAAGGAUAAAUAUACGGCGAUUUAUGUCCUAUAUCAGAACUAUAUGCUAGCUUGUGUAAUUCCUGAACCACCAAAGUGAUUGUGUAAAAGGAACUUGUAGUGUUUGUGUUAUGCAGUAGAACUGUUCUUUUCCUAUUGGUUUGUAAAGGUGUAUGUAUCCAAGUGAGAUUUGAUAAGUUUGGUUAAUAUAAUAAUAUUUGUUGAUCAGCA